CGGUGCGACGGUGGAUUCGGCGAGACGUGUUGGACUCGCAGGUUGUCGAACUCCCUCUUCCGCUCCGCCGCAACCACUCCCGUCUCCAUCCUUCCCAAACCGCGCCGCCUCUCCCCGUCCCUCCUCCUGCGCCCCAGGUGCAGCCGCAACGGCGACGAACGUUAACGCGGCCGCCGGCGGUGGGGGUAUCCGCCGAGACUCAGUGACCGCGGCGCCGCAGCUUCAGGGCAACAAGGAAUCUGUGGAAUUCAAUUUUUCUGCGGGAUAUCGGCAAGGGAGGGGAUUAAUUGAUUGAUUGGUCGAUGGAGGAGGCUUCUGUUACAGGGGAAUUGUUGGAGCAAGAAGCUCCAUCUUCUUCAAUCUCCGGUGUCGAUUGGUCCCAGCUUCCGGCGGACUUGCUCGUCUGCAUCUUCGGCGUGCUGGAGGUCCCGGAUGUCUUCAGCUCCGGUGUGGUUUGCCGCGCCUGGCAUGCCAGCUUUCUGGAGGCCCGCCGCCUUGGCAUUUGCUCCAGUAACCCUGGGCCCUGCCUCGUGUUCUCUUCCGGCGACCGUGAUCCUAGCGUGGUCACCCUGCACAGCCUCACCACGGGGAAGAACUACUAUGUAACCAUGCCGGACCCUCCUUUCCGUACCCGCUACAUCGUUGGGUCUUCCCAUGGCUGGCUUAUUACCGCCGAUGAGCGGUCCAAUCUGCUCCUUGUCAAUCCUGCGACUCAGGCUCAGAUCCCCAUGCCACCACCGGAGACAAUAGCGAAUGUCAGGAUACGUUGCAAUGGUGAGGGAGUGCCACAUGGCUAUGAUCUUUUUAAAUUGGAUAUGUCAUCACAAGAUUUUGAUACUGAAACAGAGCCAGAUGAUCUUUCCUGGGAAGAAGGCCGGUUUUACUUCUACACGAGGGUUGUCCUGUCAGCAGAUCCAUCCAGUGGAAACUGCACUGUAAUGAUCCUGCACUUGCUACGUAAUCUCCUUUUCUUUGCAAGGGUGGGUGACACUCAUUGGACCUGGAUCAAUGUUAAUGAGCUAUGUUGGAACUAUCAUGAUGUUUUGUACAAUGACGAUGAUAGAUUGUUCUAUGCAAUCCGAGGCAAUGGUGAUGUUCAUGCUAUCAAUACAAAUGGACCCUCUCCAAUAUUAAGGGUUGUCUUAGACGCCAAGAGCUCACUUGUCGAUUGUGCCAAGUACAUUGUUCUGUCAGAAUUGGGUGGUCUUCUUCAAGUAUGGAGGUAUCAUCACUAUGUUAAUAAUAAUAAGGAGAGGAGGACCAGUGAAUUGGUUGUUUAUAAGGUUGAUCUUGUUGAACACAAGCUUGUUGAACUUAAGGAUUUUGAAGGCCAUGCAUUGUUUAUUGGUUUCAAUAGCUCCUUCUUCCUACGAGAAGAAGAUUUCCCCAUGUUGACUCCAAAUAGUGUCUACUGUACAGAUGAUACAGUUACUUAUAUUUGUCAUUCAAGGUUUGGCUUUCGAGAGGUUAGUGCCUUCCAUUUGGAAGAUAGUAGUUUCACCGAUCUACUACCUAUUGGCUCACGGUUGAAUUGGCCACCUCCUGUUUGGUUUAGGCCAUCAUUUUCUAAAGGUCCACUAUGACAUAAUUCUGCAGAUUGAUUGAUCUGAUCAAUGGAGCAGGUUUCUUCUUCUGUUACCGGUGAAUUACUAGAGCAUGAAGCUCCACCUUCGACCCCCGGUCUUGAUUGGUCCCAGCUUCCUGCGGACCUUCUCAUCUGCAUCCUUGGCACGCUGGAGAUUCCAGAUAUUUUCAGCUCCGGCGUGGUUUGCCGCUCGUGGCAUGCCAGCUAUCUAGAGGCUUGCCGCCUCGGUAUUUGCUCCAAUAACCCUGGGCCCUGCCUCGUUUUCUCGUCCAGCGACCGUGAUCCUAGCAUCACCACACUUCACAGCCUCACCACGGGGAAGGAUCACUAUGUAACCAUGCCGGACCCUCCUUUCCGUACACGUUACAUUGUCGGAUCCUCCCAUGGAGCGGUCUAAUCUGCUCCUUGUCAAUCAUGCGACUCAGGCACAGAUCACCAUGCCGCCACCGGAGACAAUAGCAAAUGUCAGGAUACGUUGCAAUGGUGAGGGUGUGCCAGAUGGCUAUGAUCUUUUUACAAUGGAUAUGUCAUCACGGGAUUUUGAUACUGAAACAGAGCCGAAUGAUCUUUCCUGGGAAGAAGGCCGAUUUUAUUUCUAUAAGAGGGUUGUUCUGACAGCAGAUCCAUCCAGUAGAAACUGCACAGUAAUGAUCCUGCACCUGCUAGAUGAUUUCCUUUCCUAUGCAAGGGUGGGUGACAAUCAUUGGACCUGGAUCGAUGUUGAUGAGCUAUGUUGCUGCUAUCAUGAUGUUUUGUACAAGGACGACGAUAGAUUGUUCUCUGCAAUCCGAGCCACUGGUGAUGUUCAUGCUAUUGAUACCAAUGGACCCUCUCCAAUGUUACGGGUCGUCCUAGACACCAAGAAUUCACUCAUCAAUAAUACCAAGUAUAUUGUUCUGUCAGAAUCAGGUGAUCUUCAAGUAUGGAGGUAUUAUAAACACGUCAAUAACGACAGGAGGACCAGAGAAUUGAUUGUCUAUAAGGUUGACCUUGGUGAACAAAAGCUUGCUGAACUUAAGGAUUUUGAUGGUCGUGCGCUAUUUAUUGGUUUCAAUAGCUCGUUCUUCCUACGGGUAGAAGAUUUCCCAAUGUUAGCUCCAAAUAGUGUCUACUGUACAGAUGAUUCAAUGGAAUAUAUUUAUUGUGUGAGGUUUGGUUUCCGAGAGGUUGGUGCCUUCCAUUUGGAUGAUAGUAGCUUCACUGAUCAGCUUAUUGGCUCACGGUUGAAUUGGCCAUCUCCUAUUUGGUUUUGGCCAUCAUUUACUAAAGUUAAUUAGAUUUAUUGCUUCAAGUUUUACAUAUUUCAAUUUGUUUACAUCUCUGUAAUUUGCUAUUGCAUACCCUAUUAAUAAUAGAACUCUGGUGGUAGUUUACAAGUUAGUAUAUGUAAUGCUGCUACUGCCUAACAAUAUAGUUGGAAAUGUAACAGAUGCAUUACUGAAAUCAUGGAAAUCACUACAAACUAUGUAUAAAAAAUUUAAAAUAUUGUCAACACAACAUAUGCAAUGGAGGUGCUAUAAUACGCCAUGUAUUUUUUUUUAAAAAUCGAACUUGAUUCUCUUUAGAAGGGUUGAAACUCAGAAAGAAAUAAAGGAAUAAUACUAAAAUGUUCCAACUUCACUUUAUUCUGUCAACACUAUUCAUGUUUCUGUUUUUUAAUUAUAUGUAUUCUAUUCCAAACAACACUGAGCAUUAUCUUCAAAUUUUUACAUGUGUGUAUAUAAUAGUAUGUCCUUCUACUUAAGUUAACUUUUUGAGAAUUUUCUUAGAAUGUUUACAUGGUUUAUUGCGAGGUCUCCAUGAUUCACUGAAUUUGUGGUUUUCACCUAUAAUCCCCUGCUAUAUGAAUAUGUUAUUAUCCGUCUAAGGUGGCAUCUCUAAAAUUAAUAUAUACCUCCCAACUAUUUAUUUGAUUGUUACAAAGAUUAUGCAAAAUGGAGACACAGAACUUUUUAUUUAAACCGUGACCUUUGUUUAUACAUCCACUUAGAUCCAUUAACAUUGUAGUAUUUCCAUAGUGUUCUAGACCAAUCUUUUGAUUUUUAAACUUGUUUCCGCAGCAUCACAUUCAGUUUCUCAAAUAAAGUCAGACUCAUGGUGAUGCCUUUUGAUUGGUUUUCAGGUCAUCUUUCUAGUAAUUCUGGAGAUUGAGUCAUGAAUACAUUAAUUUAGCGUGGAUAUCUGUACGGUCUUGCUCUAGAAUAAUUUGUAAACAGUGGCGCGCUACCUUGUGUUAUUGUCAUGUUCAACAAUAAUCAUGCUAAUCAUGUCUUGACUGUGAGAACAUUGUUAUUUUAGUCUGCAUGAAUGAAAGUCAUGUAUUUUUUUCA